GCCUCAGGUCCAUCAUCUCAUAUCAGAUAACCUGAAUGCCAAAGUGCUUCACAGUAGUGAGUGUGUGUCUGUCUUCUUGAUCCCGCCCUCAUUUAUUUAUAGGGAUGGACAUGGACCAGGAAAAUGCAGUGCAGUUUCAGAAUCAUGGACCAUCACAAACUUUUUUGCGUGAGAUGAACUGGUUCAGUUUGUGACGUGAUAGAGCAGGCCCUUGCCAGGAAUCCCCAGCUGACGCUCCUCUGCCUGUCCUACAAGUCUGGUGAGGAUUGGAUUCAUGGGGUCCAAGUUACAGUCCCCCAAAGAAUGGUAUCCCUAUACGAAUCUCAGCAUUUACCAGGGAAGUGGAGCUGGUCACUAGUGGUUCAAUAGGACCUACUUAAAAAUGAGUUCUUGGGAGAACAAAGCAUUAGUUUAAUCUGGAGUAAUUUCCUAUUGCAGAAAAACUACAACAGAAUAAGUUUUGAACUCAAAUGUAUUCCUUUGCUAUAAAAAGGAUUAUUUGCUUAAAACUGGUAACGAGUAUGAUAAUUAGAAGUGGUAAUUAGAGUGACUAUUAGAAGUGGUAACUAGCUAUAUUUGGUCUCAUUGGUGGCUGCAGGAAGCACAGGACAAGAUGAAGAAAACAGAGAGUAGUAAUAAAGAGUGGUUAAUUAAACUUGGUUUAUGGCUGAUUAUAUUACUUUACUGGAUUUCUGGAGUUGUGCUAAUGUGCAUAGGUGUAUCUGUUCAAGUGAAAAUCCACGACACUUUUGUGGUGGUAAAUGCAAGCGCUUCAGGAGUUCCUGUGAUCAUCAUGACUGUCGGCACAAUGAUAAUCCUUGUAUCUACUUUUGGGGCAGUUGCCCUGCAAAAGCACAACUCAAAGAUGAUCAAGCUGUUCAUAGGUAUGCUGCUGGCAGUCUUGCUUGUUGAAACCAUAGUUGUAGUUUCUGCGUACUCCUACAGAAAGAAGUUGCGCCAGACGUUAUUGAAGAGCUUCUUAGAGUCUAUGGACAAGUAUAAUAUUGAUCCAUCAAUCACUAAAGCAGUGGAUGAACUACAGAGACAGUUUCAAUGUUGUGGUGCUGCGAAUUAUACAGACUGGCUGAACACUCCAUUUGGAUCUCUCUCUCCAUCUAUCCCAACAAGCUGCUGUAAACUAAAUGUGAAAAGCUGUGUUAUGGAUCUAAAUGAAGAGGGGACCAACAUUAACCAGCAGGGAUGUGUUCUUAAACUGAACAUUUGGGUUGAAGAACACAUUAUUAUAUUUGGAGGGACUGGACUUUUCAUUGGACUUACACAGCUCACUGGGAUCCUACUUUGCUAUAUGCUGCUGAGAAUGCUGAAAGAGAACUAUGAAAGUAUUCAAUAAAUUUCAGAAGCUGAUAGGAA